AUGAGGGUGCAGAUACAAGCUCAUGGAAGUCCCAGUUGUCCCCAUAGGCUGAUGAAAAAAAUAGAGACAUCAGAACUGAUUGAUAGAAACGAAUGUGGUAUUGCUACAGUUGCUUUGAGAAAGUGUGCUGUGAGUGACAUGGAGCUUAAGCCCAUCUCUCCACAGUUGCCUCUGAUUCUUGGGUUAUCAUCCCCCCUGGUCUUGCCGGGUGGCAAGGAAAGAAAUGGGGAAGAUUCGUGUGACCAGUCGUCCCCUGGGCUGGGAGCCUCAGCAGCAGAAUGGGGCGGAAUACAAGGACCAGGGGAACUGGGGAGAGAGGGGGAGAAUGGAGACAGUCCUUCUGCUGUAGACACCUCUGGCUUCAGGGGUGACUGGACCCAAGAGGGUGCCAGCAGCAGUAGCCAGAAAAAUGAGCGUCGGCCUCAGAAACGGGUCCCUGAGUGUAGAUGGGGCACCGAGGACGUGCACCCUGUGCCAGUGCUGGUGCCUCCUGUCCAGCGGAGGCAGCGUGUGGGAUCCCGAUCCCGGGGACAGUCUGUGUCUCUAAAGGUGCCCGUACCCCACAUACGGCCGGUUUCGGUGUCCACUGUACAGCCUGUGCCAGUGCUGGUGCCCCACCGCCCCCUCCGGGACAGAUUUACAGAGACACAGCUGCAGGAGCUGGAAAGGAUUUUCCAGAGAAACCACUAUCUCCUUGCUGAAAACAGGUAA